AUAAAAAUCAAACAAAAACGCUGUAAAAAUUUCACACCAUAGAUUUGAUAACAAAUAAUUAAUGACAAAACCCAGUGGCUGUGUCAGCUCACGUCGCGUUAUCAUUGUUCUCAGUGCUAUCGAUAUUUUCAGUUUUUCUAUACUAUGUAUUAACCUAUGUGAGGGUCGGCGUAGUAUAUCAAUACCUGUUUAAAUUUAAAAUGUUCUUAGAAUUGCUUGUUAUUAAAUGAUUACUUAACAUUAGCCUGUCAUAAUUAUAUUCCAUCAGCUUACUAUACUGACUUCCGAGUUACAGACGUUACAGUUGUUUGAGAUGUAUUUUACUUAUAUGCUACAGUAACAUAUUGAUUACAUUAACAUAACAACUGAUAAAAUGGAAGAAUCAACUUUCCUCCUUGAUCCAGCUAAAGCAGAUAAUUUAUAUCCCGCACUGUUCCAGUGCUUUACAAUUAUAUUAUGUGGGUAUAUUGCUGGCCGCCUAAAUGUGGUGUCACAGACAGAAUCAAAAGGGAUUGGUACAUUUGUGGGCACCUUUGCCCUUCCAUCACUCAUAUUCUUAUCCCUGGCUAGACUGGACUUUAGUACUGUCAACUGGACAUUCCUUGUUGCUAUACUAUUAGGCAAAGGCAUUGUGUUCUUUGCAGUUAUGAUUGUCACCAUUCUGGUGUCUAAACCAGUGAACCUUGGGAGAGCUGGUAUAUUUGCCAUUUUUUGCACACAGAGCAAUGAUUUUGCCUUGGGAUAUCCAAUAAUUAAUGCUAUCUAUGAGCGCACACAUCCAGAAUAUGCUCUCUUCCUAUAUUUGAUGGCACCAAUAUCACUAGCAAUGCUAAAUCCAGUUGCUUUUGUGCUAAUGGAGAUAAAGAAACAACGAGACAAUGCUCAGAUAGUGACCACAUCGCCUGAAGGGGAGAGAUCAAGUGAACUGUGCAAGUUCAAGUUGUUGAGGCAGAUUGUCAAAGGCAUAGCUUUGAACCCUGUUUUAGUGAUGACAGUUCUGGGUAUUAUAGGCAAUAUUGCUUUUAAACAUCAACUUUCACCAUACAUUGAGCUGCUACUGAAAGUAUUUGGAGACUCUUUCUCAGCUACCGCUCUAUUUUUAUUGGGGCUCAGGAUGGUUGGCCAAAUACACCGACUGAGAGGGCCUGCUCUGUUGCUGCCUUGUGUCCUAAUAAUGGUUAAGCUGAUUGUCUUACCAGUGGUGAUGAGAGAGUGCGUAAGCGCAUUGAACGCGGGAGCCAACGAUUCCGAGACGUCUUCAUUAUCGACCUACGCAUUCUUGUACGGAACCAUACCCACUGCGCCCGCAGUUUUCGUCUUCUCUAACCUGUACCAACUGGAAGUUGAUUUGAUGGCUUCAUCAAUGGUGAUCUGCACAUUCCUGUCAGCGCCCAUAAUGUUCAUGUCAGCCCAGGUGAUAUCGAUCAACAAAGACUACGCAGAGCAGAUGAAGAAAUUUGGCUUCCACCUGUCUAUUGUAUCUUUAGUGGCCUGUGUGUGGGUGAUAACGGUGUUCAUCGUUACGAAGAAAUAUAAGCGUAUGCCGCAUAGAUUAACUCUGUGUUUAAUGGUGUCACAGUUGCUGCUAGCUAUCAGCGUGAUCUGGGGCGGGCCGCAGUCAUCGUACACGCCGUCUUGGUCGGUGUUGCUCCAGCAGACGCUCUGCACCUUCAGCAUGUACUCCUGCCUGCUCUGGACUUCCAUGCUCUCUAUCGGACUCCUCAUGUUGCAGAGCCGCGGGCCAUGCUUCGUGGUGACGCUGUGGCCGGUGCUGGGAUUCGUGGCGUGGGGCGCGCCUGCGGUGAUGGCCGCCGUGCUCGUGGCCACGGGGCCCGCGCUGCAGCUGGACGCCGAGGCCGUGGACGCCAUCCGCCUGUGCCUGCUCGUGUUCUGUAUCACGGUGACGACGGGGUGCCUGACACUGUACAUCCGUUUCCGGCGGCGCAGCGCGCAGUUCGCCGGUCUCUCUGCCGAUUUGGCGUCGCAUUCGCCAGACGAAAGCUCCGGCCUGGUCGACAACGAGCAGCCGGUGUCCAACACGCAGUCAGUCUCGCAUAACGAACUACAACUGACAGGUUGCUACGGCGCGAUUACAGCGAGUCCAAGCCCAGCGAAGAGCGCCAACGGCAACAUCUGCUGCUCUGGCGACCCGCGCUGCGAGAGCGGACUCGUCAACUCCACGUCGCAGGACAUGGAGGACAUCGCCGACCACAAGGACUGUGCCUGCCCCCCGUCACAGAAACAGCGCUGCGCCGGCCCCGAGCCGUGCCAGUACCUGAGCGAGCUGGAGCGCGCCGCCAGCCAGCUGGGCCUGCUGCCGCCCGAGACCAGCCGCGGCCGCGGCGGACAACUGCUCAAGCACACCGUGCUCAUCAUACUGUACAGCCUGGCCAUGUUCAUCGGGAUAACAUACACGACCUGGCGUAUGAUGCAAAAAGACGAAAGCGGGGUGUUCAUCGAGAUCGAGUUCCUGGACAUCGCCAUCACGUACGGGCAGGCGCUCAUCAUGUUCGUGCUGUUCGGGUUAGACCCCGAGGAGAUGAUCAUACCGGCUGUCGGAUACUUUAAGAAGAAGUGGCACGGCGCUGACACGGUCGUGCUACCUUCAGUCGAAGAUCUCAGCUUCGAAACCAAACACGUCUGCGACCAGUUCAUAAUGCACCAUCUCGACCGCUGCAAGGAAGCCAUUGCCAAAGAUACCAGGUGGCGCAUGCGCACAUACCGCGCCGUGUUCCGCGGCUCGUGCCUGGUGCGCUGGCUGCUGAGCUGCGGGCUGGCCAAGGACGAGGCGGAGGCCGUCGCCUACGGCCGCCAUCUGCUCGACGGCCGCCUCAUCGCGCACCUCCACAACAACCACCACUUCACCAACUCGCCGCUAUUAUACACCUUCAAAUAAACUAAACAGUAAACAUUAUAUACUAUACUACGAAUUAUCUCUAAUGAUUUUUUCGCCCAAACCCUAAGCUGUUAAACAAAAGGCAUGGUUUCUUUUGUGCGCCGCGGUGGCUACGUCGUUUCUCAUCAGUGAAAAGGAUCACGCCCGUUUAAAAGGCAAUUUUAGCGUUCUACUUUUAUGGUUCAAAUUCAAAUAACAGCAAUCGGAGUUAACACGUUUGGGUAAUGUACGACGACAGGUAAGAAUAUUCGGAGAUGUGUAGCACGCUAAAAUUGCAUUUAAAACGGGCGUGAUCAUUUUCACUAAUGAGAAAUGAGGUAGCCAUCGCGGUGCACAAAAGAAACAAUGCCUUUUGUUUAAAGGUUUGGGCGAAAUAAUCAUUUGAGAUAAUUCAUACUAUACCAAAGAUUUAUUGAUUGUACUUUGUAACUAAAGAAUAAAGUAAGAAAAAACGUGCCGCCAUUAAACUAUUAUUACUAGGUACAGAGCCGGCACAGAAACCCAGUAUUUGCGCCAUGAGUUGUUGCCGGCCGACAACUAACUAUGGAAGCGGAGCGUGAAUCUCGCGACCUCAAAGCGUAAGCGCCAUGAAUUUCACGGCACUUACGUUUUGGUCGCGUGGUUCACGCCCCGCUCCCCUCGCCUACAGGUUGCGAUUGCGACAAUUUAAUUGUUUGAUAUGGCUUCUCUAUAUGGACUAUAUGGAGUAAUAUUAACUCAAUGCGUGCCCGCCUAGUUUAACAGCCGUAACGGAUGGCGCUGUAUUGCGCCAUAUGUUUAAUGGCCACUGAAUGAGGUUGGCCGGUAUUUUACAGAUGGCGCCGGCAUAGGUUUUACCUGUCAAUUUUACGAAAAGUUUCUAAUGCUUGUUUUUUAUUUUAAUUUUAUAAGAAGCCAAAUCUCAUAGAACAAUAAGAACAAAACUAAAGACAGAUAAAACCUACGCUGGCGCCCUCAAUUUGUCAGUUGCCAACUUUUGACAAUCAAAGGUACCGAAUAAUGCACGGAGUUAAUUGUACAGCACUAUCCGCCAUCUCCGUUAGAGUUAGACGAAAAUAUCUCUGCAACGAUUUUGGCAGCACAGACUGUGCAAGUACGUGUUAUUUAUACGUCAUAAUUUCAUAGAAGUUUGACGUUUAAAAUAACAAUCACACAAUCAAAAUCGCUGCAGACUUGUCUUGGUCUAACUCUAGCUGUCGAAUUCGAAGUACGAAAAUAUCUUAGACUUCAUAUCUUACACAAUCAAUAAAUAUUUGCGUAUACCAAAGAUAGACUAAAUAAUAAGAUGCGUAAAGAAGUGCAUAAUGUAUAUUACGGGAUAACUUAUCUUCGUUGUUAAAACCUCAUGUGAACACUUAAGUAACUCUUUAUUGUAUUCCUUAACGUUUGGCAACCUACAUAGUUCCCACAAAGCAUAUGGCGCCGUACUUACUUUAGUUCCUAAAGCGGCUAAAAACGUUUGCACUAUAGGUACUUUACGCAUCAUAAUAUUACUUAUCAAAAACCUUAUAAUCCGUUUUUAUUUUGUUCGCGCGAAAUUUUUUCGCUCUUUAUUUUCAUUUUACAAGUGGCAUCAUAUGGCCAAUGUAACUGGGUGUUAAGGUAGUAUAAUCGAGCCAGUUGUAAUAGUUAAUUCAUAAAAUGAACCUACCUACAUAAAUAGGAAUUAAGUUUUAAUUAAAUAGCACAAAUUAUUAAUUUUUAAUAUUUUUAUAUUUAUGAAAAUAGAAUGUUUAAGAAUUAAUUUUAUAUAACGAUGAAUCACCUUAAGGGUAUUUUAUGGCCUUUUUGGAUAGGCACAAUGUCUGCGGUUGGGUUCAUAAUAGUCAUACCUACCUAGAGGAUAAAGUGGUAAGUUUCAAGUACCUAUCUCAAAGAUCUUUCAUAUAUUCAUAUUGUAGUUAAUACAGUGUAAUUUAUCACGCUGUUAUACUUGCCUAUUUGUUAAGUACAGGUCGGUUCACCAAAGCUGACAGAAAGACUAUAAUCCCGUCAAAAGAGGAGCCUCAAGUUUUUUGGCACGGCAACGUCAAACUUAUGUUACCGAUUAAGACCACGGCAGACUCCAACGCAAGGAAGAAUUUACGUACCUACCGACAUAACAAAAUCACUUUAGCUUUGGUGAAUCAAUCUUUAACUCAUACGUUUUAUGCCUGUUCAGAGUUGUUGGUUGGCCUUUGAGGUGGUCGUAAACGUAUUAUGCUUGUUACAAUAAAGCAGGGAUGUUGCGAAUAUUCGCAUCCGCAACCGCAGAACUUCCGCAUUAUUUUCAACAUCCGCAUAAAAUCGAUGCGGAGCUUAAUGCGGAUGCGGAUGUGCAACAGGUAGGUACAGGAACGUCUUAGCGGCGGCGUAAGUUCUAGGUAAUUUCGACAUUAGCCAAGUCUCGUUUCGUUUUUGUGAUUCGUCGAUCGAGCACGGACAGCGACAAGAAAUGAAAAAUUUGUUUUAUUUGGACUUUAGUAUAGUAACGCGAUUGUGGGGCACGUAUAUUCUUGUUCAAAUAUUAAAAUUUUCGUUUUUUUUAAAUAAAAAUUACUAAAGUGUAAUAAUUGACGUUUUAUGUGCCUAAUCUCGAUGUGAGCCUAAAAAUCCGCAACAUCCCUGCAAUAAAGUAGAUUAGGUAUAUUAUAAAUAAAGUUUUGAUCUCCGAUUGUAUGCUGGGUACAACAGCGUCACAUUAUAACGUUACGUUGCAUGUAGCUUACGGCGUAAGCCGGCCACCGAUGCCUAUGAGUAGGUUCCACAAUGUUAUGAUUACGUCAACAAAAAAAAACUUAAAGCUAAAGGUAAUUAAUGCAAAAAAGUAAAACUAAAUUAUAACAAACACAAUAUUACCCCCCACUCUGAUUAUCCCCCGGACCAAAUGUGCCAAAAAUACUGGCGGCAUUACCUCGCUGAAUGGCCAGGGAUAUCUUUUGGACGAGGAAAGAACCAGAGCGAGGGUCGCCGCCCCUUUCUCUUAAGCGUCGCCCUAUAUCCUUAAUAAAGGCUUUGGCCUCGGCACACCAAGGUCCAGCCGUCUCGACGGCAAACGGGACAAAAUCAUACACCUGUUCAAGGUUCGCGUACUUGCUAUGCUUGAACCUAGAUGAGUCUUAAUUUAUUAUUUGAUGCUUGAAUAGGUAGCAAAAAGUGAGAACUAGUUAUGUAAAACUUUUAGUUUUUAUAAUAUAAAUUAACCAACAAAAUGUGAUAUCAUGACCAGUUACCAAUUUGAUUCCAAGCAAAUGACAGUUUUAAUAUCCCUUACUAACCACUAAAGUAAGUAAAACAUUUGCGAGAAGAAUCUACGUUAAUAUCGUAAUCAAAUCAUUAUAUGCAUACAUAUAAGAAAUAUAUUUAAUAUAUCUAAUAAUGAUAUUCGAAUAUAAUAAUUAAUAAAUAUAUCAUUGUCUGGCCGCCUUUACAGUACAUAUUGUCUUUGAAAAUGAAAUAAAGCCUAAGAUUAGAUUGGACCUACGUUUUUUCAUAGCCUAGCUAGAGUAGAUUUACAUUAGACCACAAAAAAUACUGAUUUAUAUAAUGUAAGAAUCAAUGAGCUGCAAGAUCAAAAAUACCCACAAUUGUUUUAAUAGUCAAAUGCAACCCUAAUAGUCAAAAGACAGUAUUUUAUUUAUAGCAUCUCAUGUUAAUACAUAGUAACUGCAUAGAUGAGUCUUAAAUUAUUAUUUGAUGCUUGAAUAGGUAGCAAAAAGUGAGAACUAGUUAUGUAAAACUUUUAGUUUUUAUAAUAUAAACUAUAAACUGCUGGGCAAAGGCCUCUGCCCUUGAUCUUCAGGGACACUAUAACGGGCUAAGGAUAUAUAUAUAUAUAAACUAUUUUACUUUAAUUGUAUGAAUUAAUGUAUUUUACCAUUCCAUACUCAAAUCGAAUUUUACUGUAUUGGGAGAACAUUGCGGCACUUACAACCACCUUACAACUAUGUUUUAUGCACCAUAUUGUUUGCGUUAAAAUUAAUUAACAUUUGCAUGUUGUCAUCAUUGUUAUAAUAUAAGUACUUAAAAAAAUAUACACAUAUUUUUGAUGUUGACUUUACCUAGUUCAUGCUUUCAAACGUUCAAUAUAUUUUUUAACGAAUUAAAUCUUCUGUAGUGCCUGUGUAAGAAUAGGCCGCCACUUCAUACAGAGCAGGGUUUCCCAACCGUUUAGGCAUCACUAUGUUGUAAAAAAUAAAUUACUGUGCCCCAUUCUCUACCAUUUCACGGCACUCGCCAAAUCGCUACGCCCCCUAGAUAGCCGUCCAUUCGUUGGGAACUGCAAUACACUGGAUGAUUUGUAUUGUCAGAUUGUCACUAGCAAAUGUAACUCUUAUAGAAAACAAUUGAUUUGCACGCGCUAAUAUUCUUGCGACAAGAGUUGUAUAAUCAUUUUGGACUAUAUAUAAUAGCUCUGAGGAUUGUAUACCAUUGUAUAUAUUAUAAUUUUAAUCAGGUCUCAUAGUAUAAUGGAAUAGACAGUAUCCAGUGAAAUUAACAUUCAUACCUACUGUCACAGUAGGUAUGAUUGUUUAUUUCACUGGAUAUCAUGUUUUAUUUGAUGUUGCUUUGCAACUGUAAUGUAUGAGUAUAGGUUGUUUUAUUUCAGCAGAAUAAAAUGUUUUUCACAUCAUAUAAGAACAAAAUUUAGAAAUAUUUACUUAUUUAUUUAUUAAGUGAUGUCUGAAGCUUGUUGUGAUGUUUAAGUAAAUGCAUGUUUCUAGUUAAAUAUACAAUAUCACUAUUACAAAUACACAUGUAUUGUAAAAUAUUAUUGUUGUUGUAUUUUGAAGAGCAAAUAUAAAAUGUAAAAAAAAGAAAUUGAAUAAAUAUUGUUGCAAUCA